AUGGCUGUUUGUCCCUUUGCACCAGCGCCACUUCUACAGAAGCUUGGACACAAUAACGCCCAAGACGCUCAGCAGCUUUGCUAUGGGCGCGUCAGGCAUCUCAUACAUUGCGAUGUCGAAUCUGAUCCUAUCAACCGUCUACAGGCCCUCUUACUUAUGACGCAAAGCACUGAGGUCAGAGACGGUGCAAGAGAUUGCUGCUUCUGGUCUGGGACUGCACUGGCUUAUGCGGAGUCCCUAGACCUUUUGAAAAUUGUGCGUGCUGCAAAGGAUGCUGAAGACAAGGCAUUUUUGCACCGAUUAUGGUGUUGCUGCUUCGUCAGUGAGACGAUUUUCGCCUUCAGUCGGCGGCGGUUGCCAAAAAUGCGAAUCGCUGUCGAAAGUGAGCAUAUUUUGCAAUCACACGAGUUCAACGACCAGGAAGCCUUUAGGAGUCUCGUGCGCUCAAUGUCUCAUAUCCAUGAUAUGCUCUCGAUAAAGCACGCCGCUCCCUGUCCGUCAAGCCACCAUGAUACCAUUGCAUAUGGGAGUGAGGAGGGCCCUUCCAUGGCUCUCACGAGUCCGGAACUGUCUCGUUUUCGAAAUCAGUCGCAGAAGAUCGCAGGGAACCUGUUUGAGAAGCUCAGACAAUCACCAGAUGAACAUCCCUCGUCGAAUGCUGGGCACCGUGUGGCGUCUGAGCGCAUUUUCUUGCGGAUGAUUAUGGCGGCUGCAGAAUGCGUGUUUUACUUUGACUCAAGUUGUACAUUGCGGUGCCGCCAUACAGCAAAUGACAGAGUGAAUUGCAGGAAGCUGAGAAAAAGGGCAUGCGAUGCUGCACAUCAAGCUUCUCAACUAGCCCAAGAUGUAUUGGGUUCACAAUCUCCCUAUUUCAUGCCAGCUUGGAGUCUCCAUUUUCUCUUGCCUCCCGUAUCAAUUUUGAUCCUCGAGGCCAAAUCAUCCCAUGGAGAGGCACACAGCCUCGCGGUUCAAAGGUUGACAUCGUUGACGGGGCUUCUGCAAACGCUCGGAAAGAGAUUUACAGCUGUGCAACGGGCAGUGGCACUGUUAGAGGCUGCGAGCAAGGGUGCUGGCGGCCUCUUACAAACACCUGGAAUCCCUCCACGAAACAUCUUCUCGACACCUCCAGGGCCUCCUGGGCCGGUCACGGAAGACGGAAGGAAUUCAGGACAAGGCAGGGCGAUCGCCGGGGAACAUGUGAGCCCCGACAAUUUUGAAUGGAUUCGAGCAGCCAGCCUCGCGGAAAGUCCAUUAAGAAAGGCCGCAGGACAGGACAUCGACGGCCUCUCAUCGUGUUAUCUCUUCGAGCUCGAGGAGGGCUGUGAUGAGGAGCAACUAAACGCUGCUGGCAACACAGUGUUUGGAAGCUGGUCGUCCCAUUCGUCGUUUGAUCCUUACACUCAACCGUGUCUCCAGCCGACCCUUAAAGAAUUUACCGCAGCUGACGACAUCACAUCACCUUGGCUCGGUGCAUGGGAAGAUAUUUUGCAGGGCCAAAGUUAG